AAAAGGUUUUUGGCAACGAGAUUCGAAUGUCACCUGCCAUAUAUGCGAAAUUUGGGUCUUUCUCCAUCACGUAUCCAGAAAGAAGCCCUAUCCAUCCCACCAGCCAAGACUCGGGAAUUUUUGUCAUUAGAAACAUGCAGUUUUACCGCCAGCGCUGGUACCAAGGGUUCAACUCCGGUGACCAGAGGGUUCGCUUGGCACUUGAGAUUGUGAAUCACCCGAUGAAUGAUAUGGCUGAACUGGUGUGGCAAGCAGCUGCCGAGGAGGUCCCGAACGCUGUUGCAGCCGAAGGAGGGGUAUCAGCAUCAGUGAAUGCAUGUGGCGUUGUUGCAGUGGCAGGCAUGAAGUUCAAGCCACGCCGGGCUAGGCGCUGAUCUCCCAAUGAAGAUGAACGUGUUUAGCCCAUCUGUCAUCCU